AUGGAUAGCAAAGUAUCAAACGUUCACAUUCAUGGCGCUAAAGACGGUAUACAAAAUGAAGUUAACACAGAAGAAGCCUCACCUUCCCACGUUGACUCCACUGCGCCUCUUAACGCCGCCUCGCCUAGUGCACUGCAAACAAUCACGCAAGUAGGAGAUAAAUCUCUUCGCAUGCAAGGUGUGGAGCCUUCUACGCAAGUCAAUGUUGUCGUUAGCUCAGCUAAGGACAGCUCUAUUCCUUCUUCAAAUUCUGCUGUAAUGUCACUUCAUUCGUCGGCCAUGGCUGUUUCUCCGACAAAUUGGUCUACAAACACUUCUACGAGUAAUAAAAUAACUAUGCCAAACUCAAGUCAACAAACUCAUUUGACACCCCCAAAAGAAAACAUAUCUGAUUCAAAGGGGAAUAAUUUAUCUAUUAAUGCCCAAACACCUCCAACUUCUGGCUCACAAGACAUGUUAACACCAAACAUAAAAGCAACCCCACCA